AUGCAAAUAAGACCAAAACACAAAAGAAGAAUACAGGAAGAGAAUAUCAUCAAGAUGACGAGCAUAUCAGCGCCAGAAAGCCACAGACAGGACGAAUCCUUCCUGAGACUACAAAGCCAUGUACCUGCUUCCAUUGGGAGCACUAGCAGUGACAUUGAAGAACUAGAAUUGACAGUCAUGAGAGAAAGUUUGCCACCCGAAAUUGGGAAUCUCACAAUUCUAAAGACUCUGCGGAUUGUGGAAAGUCCCAUUGUCCUCAGGUCACAAGAGCUCUCGAAGCUAAAGUGCAAAGAUAUCGAGAGUCUAGAGAUCCGGUGCUUAUUUGAAGAGAGCAAACUCGUGUCCUUACCUAUACAAAUCUGGGAUUUUCAUUGUCUACAAUCACUCACAAUUAAUUCCCCCCAUGGCUCGAUGCAAUGCCUUCCAAUGGAGAUUGAACGUCUUACAAAUUUGGAGGAAUUGGACGUUUGCAAUCAUGAAUUAAGACUUGUUCCUGUCAGCCUUUCAAAGCUGACGAAGCUUCGGUCCCUUCGCUUGUCUGCCACACGACUCCAGCAACUUCCUGCCGAAAUUGGCAAAUUGAGUAAUCUCGAGGUCCUGGAUCUGGACAUGUGUUCCCAAUUGAGUGUUGUGGACUUUCUUGCGACCGCAACUGGUUUGGAAAAUUCCUUGAAAGUGAUCCGUGUCACCCACAACGUUCAGCUGCGGAGUAGCUCGACACAACCAUUUCAGCAAACUGCCAGGUUGGCACAACUAUGUCAAUUCGUAAAGAAGUGCAAGGGAAUAGAGGUGAUCGAUUUGAAAGGAAACGAGAUUGGCAACUUAGAAGGAUUUCAAAGUCUACUGUCGUCAGAGCUUCAGAGCACCAGUCGACUUCGUCUGAUCAGCUUGAAGGAAAAUCCAAUCAUUUAUCACUCACUUGAGGAGGAGGAUCAAGCGCGUUUGGCUCAACUUUUGAGAGUUCACCGCAGUUUGGGUUCCUUUGGAGGCGGUCAGACAAUUGAAGGCGACCGGACAAUUGUCGACAAGGUUGUAGAUGCCAUUGUGCUGCGGAGUUGGGCAUGUCCCGAAACGAAUCACUGGAUCGAAUUGAAUCGUACUGGCAGAUGUCUGGUCAUGAAUCAAGGACAACCAACUAUUGCCCUUUCGGUAUGGCCAGUCGUGUUGGCGAGAGCAAACCAUGUCUUUUCAAAGUACCGGGCGAAGAAAAGGAGUGCAAAUGCCAUUUACUUUUUGCUCCGAAACAAUCCAGAACUGUUGGGCAGUCUCGGAUAG